CGUUCCGGUUACGUAGACCCGACUGUCGUGGGAACGGAAAAAAAAAUUUUAUGAUCGUUAUAUAGUGUUGAAAACUUAUAUUUGGUAUAAAAUUAAAUUUUUGGAAUUUUUUAUGCAGAGCUAUGAUUUUGAUAGAAUGGUCUUUGCAACGCUGGUUUUUCGUAUUUACUUUAUAAUCAUCUUUAGCUUAUAUUUCUCUAAUAUGAUGUUCUUCUAAAAAUAGAUGCUAAAUAUUACAUGAGAGAAGUGAAAUCUCCGAGAGAAAUUUUAAUAAAUUGUUAAAAGUUAUAGCGUUCCUUCAUUCUGUGUGUAAUGGAAACAGUUCUAUUUUCUGCUUGUUGCGAUUAGUUUAUUGUUUUUUUUUUACACUGUAUUCAUUUAAUAUAUGUUGUGAAGUGAGCUCCACCUUGUGUUUGUUUCUAAUACAAUUACAUUAUUCAUUCGUUUUGUUGGAUCGGAAAACCUGAGAUGGUUUUUUAAUUAACUAAAAGGAAAAAAAGUUCUGUGCAUACAUACAUCUAUAUGUGAACAAAUAGCACUUAUUUAUUUGAAACCCUAGAAGGUAUUCGCAGAAAAAACUGUUUAAAAGAUGUUUUUGUAUUUAGAAAUAUAGACAACUUUUGAUAUAAAUGAAAAAGUGAAUACACUCUUGGUAUUUUACUUGUGUCUAAACCAAAUACUUUAUAUCAUUUUAAUAAGCAGUAUUGACGACUGAACAUCUGCUACACCAAAAGAUAAGCAGUUCGUUUGAAUCGCAAAUAUUUUAAACACGGAGGCGAAAUAUGUGCAUGUAUUAGCACAGAUUUUUAAUUCUGCUGCAUAAGAGCGAGCACAAUUUGUUGAAUCGUAAAAUACCCAUUUAAAUAAAACGUUGCAAAAGUUACAAACAGAAUGAUUCACGUUGGCGAGAAUUCUUGGAAUCUACGGAUUUUUAUCACAGAUUUGCGAAUUGAAAAAACUUUACGAGUACGGGGCGAUCAGCAUAUUGGUGGUAUUAUGCUGCAAUUAGUUGAACCCGAAAACCCAAAAGAUUGGUCAGACCAUGCCCUUUGGUGGCCUGCAAAAAAUGUAUGGUUGACGAGAACCCGAUCAACAUUAGAUCAGGUAGGUGUACAAGCGGAUUGCGUACUCCACUUUACUCCAAUGCACAAAACUCUCCGAGUGCAAUUGCCGGAUCUACGAUAUUUAGAUUGUAGAGUGGAUUUUUCUAUUAAGACAUUUGCAUCAAUAGUAAAUUUGUGUAAAGGGCUCGAUAUUAGAUAUCCUGAAGAAUUAUCCUUCUGUAAGCCUAUUGAACCCGAUCACCUUAAAAAAAAUUUUUCGAAAUUACCUCAAAAGGCAAUACCAGUAGCAGACUCUGAUGGGACAACGUAUCUUCAACCAGCUCUAGAUACAAAUUCUUUUAUUCCCAUCAAUUCUACAUUCAAUGGAAGCAAUGGUAGUCUGGAUAAGCAACAAAAUGAAAAUUUAUUGUGUGGUCCGGUAUCCCCUUAUGCUUCAACGCCUCGACGAGGUCCAAGUGGAACUGCUCCAAGUACUCCAAUCAGCUCUCCAACAGGAACUUGGAAGCAAAGUAACAACGGUUACACAACAAUUGAUUCGUCUUCUAGUCUCGGUGACAUUCAAGAGAAUUUAGCAUGCUCACCCAGAUCUCCAAGUCCAGAUGUACGUGCAAGACUUUUACGUCCGCGGACUUUAAUAGAAAAAGCGAGAAUGAAUGUUGGAUGGCUAGAUUCUUCUCUUUCAAUAAUGGAACAAGGUAUUCGCGAAUAUGAUACCUUAUGUUUACGUUUCAAGUAUUAUACAUUUUUCGACAUCAACCCGAAAUACGAUCAGGUGCGAAUAAAUCAAUUGUAUGAACAAGCCAGAUGGUCGAUUUUAAAUGAAGAAAUUGAGUGUACUGAAGAGGAGUCACUUAUGUUCGCCGCUCUACAGUUUCAAAUAAAUUUUCAAGCGGAUUCACAUUCGUCCAAAUUAGAUGUCGUAGAUUCUGGCAAUGGAGAAAAUGGAACAUACGAUGACAUUGAUUCCGCACUUAAUGAACUGCAAAUUACAUUAGAAGGGCCAAAUGCUACUACAGAAGUGAACAACAUUACAAAAAUUCCAGAAUUAUCAGACUACUUGAAAUUCCUGAAACCUCGUAAAUUUACACUAAGAGGUUAUAAAAGAUAUUUUUUUGCAUAUCGAGAUCUUCAUCUUCAUCUGUACAAAACCGCUGAUGACUCUCGCCGCGGUGCUCCGGAAUUGACUAUAAACUUGCGUGGAUGUGAAGUAACUCCCGAUGUUAAUUUAGCUCAAGGAAAAUUUUCUAUUAAAUUAGAAGUGUCUCCAGAAGGUCAUACCGGCCCAAAUAGCGAAGUGUGGAUCCGCUGUGACACAGAAGAACAAUAUGCCAGAUGGAUGGCCGCUUGUCGAUUAGCAUCAAAAGGGCGUUCUCUUGCUGAUAGUUCAUAUGAAAGUGAAGUGACAAGUAUUCGAUCAUUUCUAAGCAUGCAGAAACCAGUACAAGGAAUUGCUGUUAAUGUAGACCCACGAAGCAUUGAUGCAAAUGACUAUUUAUCUCCCAGGAUGUUGCGCAAAGCAUCUGCAAAAGCAGGUCAACGGAUUUUAGAAGCGCAUGCAAAUGUACGAAAGCUGUCGUUGAUAGAAGCAAAACUUAAAUACAUAGAGGCCUGGCAAUCGUUGCCUGAUUUUGGAGUAACAUUGUUUGUUAUUAAAUUUGAUGGACACAAAAAGGAAGAACUUCUUGGGGUUGCACAUAAUAGAAUCAUGCGGAUGGACCUCAACACUGGUGAUCAUAUUAAAACAUGGCGCUACAACACGAUGAAAGCCUGGAAUGUUAACUGGGGUAUUAAAUGUAUGAUGAUCCAAUUUCAUGAUGAAACAGUUGUAUUCUCAUGUCAGUCAGCCGAUUGCAAAGUUGUUCACGAAUUUAUUGGUGGAUAUAUAUUUAUGUCAAUGCGAUCAAAAGAAAAUAACCAAACUUUAAAUGAAGAACUUUUCCAUAAACUAACCGGGGGAUGGGCAUAAAAUAAAUAUGCAGGCUUCGUCCAGUAUUUCGUACGCUUGAUACUCAUACAUAACAAAAAUUUCAUAGUCCAUUAAAAAGGACUCUAAAUACUUAUAACAUUAUGGUUGUUUUUUAAUGUCGUGCAAAACCUUUUUUGUGGAAUAAUUUAUAAAAUAUGAUUUCAUUUUUAACAAAUAAGUGGUCAAUAAAUUUAAAAAUUUUUAAAAACGAAUUAAUAUACAUAUGUAUAACCAUGAUAUCAUUUCAAUCGUUAUACUGGAUUGAACUGCAUUUAAUCAAGAAAAGCCUGUCUGAAACGUUCAAAAUUAUUAGAAAGUAAGAUAUUAAGCCAAACUAAUUACACUAGGUAUUCGUAAUGUUCUUUCUGAUGUACCUUACAUUUAUUUUUUAUAUAAAGGUAUUAUCCAUUUUUAUAACUAUACUAUUAACAUUUUACCAGUUUUAACAAAUUAUACUAUUCUGUAAAAUGUGUAAACAAAAGUAUGUAUUUGUAUAUUUUUCUAAUUAUCUAAACAAAGUACAUAAACUGUUAAAUGUACUAAAUGUCUUUAAGUUUUAUUCUAAUUAACAAUUGUAUUGUUAACAUGACGGUGCCUUAUUCACAAGUAGCCUAACGUCAAAUAUUACAACUUAUUUGUUUAGAGCAGGCUAAUUUCCCAUCAAAAAAUAUUAAAUUUUAUAUAAAAGUUUCAUUUAUAUAUGCAAUUAUGUUAUGCCCGAAUAAUGGAAUUGAAAUAUUGCUAUGCCGAAUUAUAUAGUCGUUUUGAAAUGUUUAGCUAUGAGACAAAAAGAAUUAAAAAAAUAGUAAAUGUAACUAAUUGGAUAUAAACAAGAUUACAUCCAUCAAUUUAAGAGGAAAUGAUAUUGCGAGGUGUGCAGUUGAAAUACAAAACAAUAGCUAAAUAAUAAACAUGGUCUUUAUUGUAAAAUUAUCCACAAUAAGAAUGCUUUUAAAUUUUUGACUGGUGAAUUUUUAGUGAAAAAUGUUUGAAUCUGAAUAAAUAUUCAAUAUUACAAACAAAUACCAAGUAAAAAUAAAUUAUGUACUAUUUAUGUUUAUUUAAUACCAAUUUGUGCAUUAACAAAUAAAUAAUUUUAAAAUACUGUAUUCUGGUAAUGUAUCGCACCAAUCAAUCAGACAUUAGGAGGAAAAAGUAAUAAUAGUACUCGAUUGGAUAUAAAAAUUGAUUUAAACUUAAAAUAAUCAUUGCCGAUAUUGAAAUUUUGAAACAAUUUCCUCUAGAAGGGAGAUGGAGGUUCGUCAUUCAGUUGGCUGUGAUUGGUAGCCGACAGCCAUGAACCAAGAUUUAUCGUUACAGUUCUGACUGUUAUUAAAAAAAUUUUAAUAAAUGGACAUACAUAAAUAA